UGGCGGAAGUACACCUGGCUGCUGGAUGCCACCGACCUCGGAGAAGAAAAAGACGACGAAGAAGAAGAGUUGUAGAAGUAGCAGGAGGCGGAGCCUGUUUGUUGACAUCGGGUGAAAUCGAAAAUCAGAUGAGUGAAGGCUGCUGAUAAUUAUCAGUUUGUCGCUACUACCGGAACGCGAAGCCUUGGCGAGAGCUAAGGUCCCCUGCACUGCCCCGUCUUGAUCUGAGCCAGAGAAGAAGAGGCGAACAUGGCAGCCAAAGCAGGAGACAACCCCGACAGCCUCAUGACUCUGGCGACUGUCUUCUGCCUGAGGAACCUGAAGAAGACGAUGUGCUACCAGGGCUUCAGGAACAAGCUGUGCCUGCGCUCAGACAUCUUCCUCCCCAGUGAGAUCUGCGACAAGCUGGUCAACACAUACAUGGAACUGGUCCACACAGACAGUAACUUUGAACCAGAGGAGAGCUUCUUCCAGCUCUUCUCAGAUCCCCGGAGCACCAGACUGACCCGGGUGCAGCUCAGAGAGGACUUUGUCCGUGACAGAGACCUGGAAGCCAUCAAAAAACAGGACCUGAUCGAGCUCCACCUCACCUACUGCAACAACCUGUCAUCCCGCAGCUUGAAAGCACUGUCCUGCUUCCGCGACACUUUGGUGUCUCUCUGUCUUUUCGGCUGCAGCAACAUCUUCUACAGGAAGUGCGGCGCCCCACUCGCCUGCAACGAGGACACAGACGAGGACGAGGAGGAGAGCCCCUCCUCUCGGCAUGCUUUAGAAACAGACUUUAACUUCCAGGGAUUCAACCGGCUCAGGCUGCUCAACCUGGGUGGCAUGCCGAAAGAGCUGGACCCCGAGACACUGCUCAAACCCCUGAAGUCGCUCACCUCGCUAGAUCUGUCCAAUGUACAGUUACUGGGGACAUCUUUUCUCACCCAGUGGAAGGACAGACUGGCCUCUCUUGUUCUCUACAACGUGGACCUAUCCGAGGAGUUGAUCAGCACAGUUUUGGAGCUCGUUAAUCUCAGGCACCUCGACAUCUCCCAGGAGAGCAGGCGGAUCUCAAAGUUUAAGAUGACCAAGAAAAUCCUGACGGCCAUCGUCCAGCGUCUGGUACACCUGAUGUCCCUGGACAUCUCGGGUCACAUCAUGCUAGACAACUGCACAGUUCCACACUUUGAAGAAGCGAUGGGGCGUCCGAGCACUGAACCGUGCAAGAGCAGCAUCUACCCUUUCCAGGAGCUGAAGAGGCCCCUGCAGUUUCUGGGCUUGUACGACACCACCCUCUGUAAUGUGACGCACAUCCCUGCCUAUAAGGUGACUGGAUCAAAGAAUGAAGACCAGGUCCUGAACGCUAUCGAGGCUUACACAGAGUUUCGCCCUGAGCUCGCCCACAGAGCCAUCAAUCAGCUGUUUGACAUCGCCAGGAUACAACAUUGCAGCCAGCUGCUCCGCGCUCUGCAGCUUGUCAUCGCAGCACUGAAGUGCCAUAAAUACGAUAAGAGCAUCCAGGUGACGGGCAGCGCUGCUCUUUUCUACCUGACCAACACCGAGUACCGCAGCGAUCAGAGUGUGCGGUUACGGCGGGAGGUCAUUCAGGUGGUGCUGAAUGGGAUGGAGCACUACCAGGAGGUCACUGUCCAGAGGAACUGCUGCCUGACUCUGUGCAACUUCAGCAUCCCAGAGGAGCUCGAGUUCCAGUACAGCCGCGUCAACCAGCUGCUGCUGAAGAUCCUGGAGCCGGCCCGGCAGGAUGAGUCCAUCCAGAGAAUCGCCGUGCACCUCUGCAAUGCUUUGGUCUGCCAGGUGGACAACCACCAUAAGGAGGCUGUGGGCAAGAUGGGAUUUGUGAGGACAAUGCUGAAUUUAAUUCAGAAGAAGUUACAGGACAGAAUGUGUGACCAGGUGAUGGAGUUUUCCUGGAGCGCCCUGUGGAACAUCACAGACGAGACGCCCGACAACUGUCAGAUGUUCCUGAACUGUCGGGGCAUGAGCCUGUUCCUGGAGUGUCUGCAGGAGUUUCCAGACAAGCAGGAGCUUCAUCGCAAUAUGUUGGGUCUUCUGGGAAACGUGGCUGAGGUCAAAGCUCUGAGGCCACAGCUGCUCACCCCACAGUUCAUCACAGUGUUCAGUAACCUGCUGGACAGUAAGGCCGAUGGGAUUGAGGUGUCGUACAACGCCUGUGGAGUGCUGUCGCACAUCAUGUUUGACGGGCCUGAGGUUUGGAAGAUGGAGGAGCCGCGGAGAGACAUGGUGAUGGAGAAGAUGUGGGAAGCCAUCCAGAGCUGGGACGUCAGCUCGCGGCGCAACAUCAACUACAGGUCAUUCGAGCCGAUCCUCCGACUGCUGCCUCAGAGCAUCUCUCCUGUCAGUCAGCACUGGGCCACAUGGGCUCUUUACAACCUGGUGUCAGUUUACCCAAGCAAGUAUUGUCCUCUGCUGAUAAAAGAAGGAGGAAUGACUCUUCUGGAGAAAGUUCUGGAGCUGGAGAGUUCACAUCCGGACACAAAGGACAUGGCCCGAAAAGUAAUGGAGCACUGUGAAAACUUCAAAGAAGACCCGAUGGAAACAAAUCCCGGACAGGAUGCAAACUUUGGACAGAGAGGGUGACGCCAAGGGAGCCGAAAUUCCCAGUAAAUAUCCAGAAAACCAACCUGAGGCCCCUCCCACCAUCAUCACCACAAGGGUCAAUUGUGUGCAUUAUUCUUAUAAUUCUUCUUUUGUAGAGUUAGAACAGUGUCUCUGACCCUCCUCACAGCAGUUUGAUAUUUGACACAUAGAACUUAAGACGUGGUGCAUGGUAUUUUGUCGUGAGGGUGUUUACCUCUGCUGCACAUCUCUUCUGUUGGGGGCAGGUUUGUGGGGUUGGGUGACUGUUAUUUCUCAGUGUGAGUGUGAGUGUGUUUGCGUGUCAAAGGUUUAAACCAGAACAAAACAGCCGUAGUGAUGCUCGGUUCUCAGCGGACGGCAGCGCCAGCCGCCCCCAGCUCGCUGUCGGUAACCGAACAAAAAAAAAAAAGGCCGCGUGGCGAGUCGGAGGCCUCAGCUCACACUCGCUCGUGCUAGCGAAGGCCGCGGAGCCGUGGGACACAUGUACAGUGAAUAUUAGCCAUUAAGUGUGCGGGCUGCAGACCUCGCGGCUCUGUGAUGGACUUCUUUGUUUAUAUAUGUAAAUAUUAUGUGUGGGUCUCAUCCUUUUACUGUGUGUAUGUUUUAUAAUACAACUGUAAACACUCAUGACUUUACGCUGUAUUUAAAUCUCUUUAGGUCUGGCUGAUUGCAGUCAGUGCUAAGAAACUAUACACAGAAUCAUUCAUAGCAGUCCUGUAAACUCUUUAAAGGACCAUUCACAUGUAAUUCAGCCUCCCGUCUUAAAGGUACUCAAACUGCAGAUUCCAGCUUUUAAAAUGAGUUUAAAGUUAACUCGAGGUAACAACAGACUGUAAAGAAACAGCAGUUCUGACAUUAUGUCCAACGCGUCUGUGUGCUGAGCUACAGAGAUAUCAGCUGAGGUUUUAAUGGGGACAGGCUGUACUGUUGUGCAAUACUUUGAACCAAAAAGUGCAGUCGGCCAGUGUAGCAUCCUUUUUUUCUAACAUUAUAAAGCCUACAUUCUUUCUAGUGACCAGCAGGGGGCAGCUUCUUGGGUUGGGGGGAAAAAGGCUUCUGGUUGUAUAGAAGUCAAACUUGAGUUGAUAUCUCUGCAGGUCCAUACGUAACAACGUAGUAAUUUCUUCUCAUUCUGUUGGUGUUUGUGAUUUUUGUUUAGGUUUUAAACUCUUUUUAAACAAAGACUUACAACAAAAAAGUACCUUUAACCAAUCUGGUAACUCUUACUGGAAGCAGCGGGGAGCUUUAAACUAAGAGGGAGGUGAAAAUAAUCAAAGCAAAUACACUUCAUGGACAAAUGUAUGUGGACAUUAAAGCUUCCGGAUACAAAGUGAUAAAGCCUCUAUACAAACAAAGAGCUACUGAUGACAGACAGUAAGAAUUGAUCCCUGCACAGGCUCUGGGUGAAUUGACUUGGACAUAUACUGUAUAUCAAAAGAUUCACAUAGCCUUUUGGGCAGACAUGUGUUACUUCUAAUGUCCAGCAGGGGGUUACUCCUGUGAAGUCAGAUUAUAGAAGUCUAAUGGAAAAAAGACCCAGACAUGCAGACCUCGACUCUCAUGCUUUGUUUUACAGCACUAAACAUGGACUGUCAAAUGCCAGACCUCAGUGGUGUCACAUGCAGCGGUUCUACAUGAUGAGAAUCUCCAUCAGUGUCAGUACAGCUCUACUCAACUCAGUAAAAUAUUCAGCAAUUUUCAUUUCAUUAUUAACAGAGUUGAGUCUUCUGGAAGCCCAACACUAAAUUAAAUGAAACAACAAUAAUCCAGUACAGCUGGACACCUAAACACCUGGAAACGCAGGCUCAUGGAAAGCCUUUGGAGUUCCUCUACAGGUCUACUCACGUGUCCACAUACUUGGCCUUUACUAGAGCUUUGAUGCUUCGUACUGCUCUCUCUGUGGUGUUAAAAGCCCAGAACCCUCUGAACUCCCUGGUGCUUCCAGUGGUCCAGAUGAUACUAAAAGAGAGGAGGUUGGAAGAUAAACGGUUAUCCUUUGAGGACACCUGACGGCCCAUCAUGUUUAUUGGUCGUUCAGCUUGCUGCUAAAAUAACUCCUUCACUUAAAUCAAACAGUUUUAUUUUGAAAAGCUAAGGGGAGGAAAAUAAAACUGCGUGUUCACUUGUAUGUUCGAAACUGGUGAUGGGAUCUUUAAAAAAAAAAAAAAAAAAAAUCACAUCUGACUUGUUUCAAAUUAAGGUUUAGUCAUCCAGAAGGAAGGGAGGUUAAGUUUCAUGUUUCAUCCCCACCCCUGCUGACCAGGUUACGGUUAAACUUAACACUUUAACACAUUUAAACACAUUAACAACAACCAGACUCUUAAUUUCUCCUCUCUGUUUGCUGUAGUGUCCCUGAAGAUGCCCUGUGGAGGUCCCAAGGUCAAUUUGUUUGUUUCACAAUAAACAUUCAAAAGCUGAAUAUCUUGAACACCUGAAUCAGAAAUCCAGGAAGUGUUCUUUCUUAGCUCAACAGCACCCCUAGUGGUGGAAAAAAAGAAAGGAAAAACCUCCACAGGGCACCUUGAAGAUGUCUUUGAGUUUAAAAAGUUCCUUCACUGGCAUUUUUCGUCUUGUAGCUUUAAAGAUGACUUCAGGAAUUUCCUCUUUUAAACGGUAUUCUUAAUUUAUUAAGUAACUAAAACUUUACUUUAUUAAAAAAAUUUAAAAAAAUAUGUCAAUCUCAAUUCCGAAAAGUUGCUUUUAGCUUAGUAGGUGGAAACUUGCAAUUGCAGAUAAUUCUAAAGAAUUUUAGUGUUUUUACAGAUUUAAUGUAAUUAUUUAUUUCUAAACUGC